GCAGAAUUAGGAGGGGCUGUGCAAGAUGUACGACCAGAUCCAGCUGUUGCUGGAGACACAGCACAGGGGUUUCUCCUACGUCUGCAGCUUCAUCGCUAAGUGCCAAUGGCACGUGGUGGACAAGAAGCAGCUGGAGAAGACCCUUCUGCUGAGCUACGUGUGCAACGCAGAGGCUGAGAACCAGCAAGGCUUUUGUGAGACUCUCCUGCGCUUCCACCUCCUGGUUGAGAGGGAACACGAGGUCUAUUGGCUCUUCCAGUUCUUCAUCCAGAAAACAGAGCACAGCUGUGUGAUGAACAUAGGCAUGGGGAAGAGCUUCACCAUGCUGAAGAUCUCGGUUGCAUUUAUGGAUCCCACCUUUGCAAAACACCUGGAAGGAAAAGGCCCGCAAGUUACUCACUCGCUGGUCCCCUGCUUUUGCUUCUCCUUCCAGCAAGUGUUCAAGUCCUUCAAUGACAUCUGGAAGCUGUGGGAGGUUUUCCUGACAGGGAAGCCCUGCCGAAAUUCCCAAGCGCUCGUGGCCUUGGUGGUGUGGGAGCAGGUCCUGCGGGAGAGCAGGAGCAGGAAAGACAUCCUGAUG